CUAUUCGGCGCUCAGUUGUAGGGAUGUGGUACACACGGCUUAGUGCAAAAUAAGCUGCAAGCACAACUGUCAUUACUUUGCAAAGAUGAAGGGAAAUUGGUGUAGUUUUUAACUCUCGGACCAAACUAACCACCUAAGAAGAUAUGAACUGGCGAACUCAGCGAUUGAUUGCAUACACCGCUUUACAUUCGACCGCGACCACCACGCGCUAUUAAUUUUGUUAAUUUAAUUAGUCUGACGAAUAAUUUAGCUAACUAAUCGACAAGCUAAAAAUAAAGAUUAGCAAUAAAACUCAUCGUUCCGCAAAAUUAGUUUAAUUUCCAAGCCUCAUUAUAGCGCUUAAACGAUUUGGUUGAACAAAAAAAAAAAAAAUACGUAUCACUGCAAAAAUGUUAAACUACAUAUUCACAACAUCAAUUCAGUAUGUUUUUGGCUGCCCAAAUAAUGACACUACCGACGCUUUUACUUCUAACUGUAACCAUGCUUUUCGCCGCAUUUGGAUGUCAGCAAGCCGAAGCGAAACGCUUCCAAAUCUUGGACAUAAAAAAUCGCGUAAGUGGCGAAAAUGUCUUCUUUCAGACGUACAUUCACGAUAAUGGCACCAAAUUUGAUAUAUACCUGACGCUCAAUAAACCAUGGAAAGCGCAUGAUCUGCUUAUGAGCUUAAAGCUGAAACGUAAAGCCAACAACGAUACAUCAUACUAUAGUAAUAUAGCGCAACUCCGACGCAUCGAGGUGUGUAAAUUUCUUGCCAAUAACCAGCAGAAGUAUCUCAUGCAGGCAUUUUUUAAAAUUCCACCGCCUGUCAUAUCCCUAAUUCAAUGUCCUUUGAAGCCGCGCAACUACAAGCUCACCAAUAUUUCGGUGGAACCAAAUUUGUUUGUAAAUUCCCUGCAUCCUGGCAAAUAUCGUUUCUUUGUUGAAGUGAUCCAGUUAAGUUCGGGUGUCAAAUUGCUCGAUAUGCAAAUAACAGUGAUGUGAAAAAACUGAAUUUAAUUUUGAAUCUCAUCGUAAAAUGUUUGAGGAAUAAUAAAAAAGGAUCUUCACAA